UUGACUUGACAGAAACAAAACUAUUAUUGAACUCAUAGUUUGUUUUUCACAGUAUAGGCAUAACAAUGGAUAUGCCUUUGCUAAAUAAAAAUAUUUAUACUUAGAUAUGGUUUAAUAAAUAGUUUUUGCACAGUUUCCAUCGAAGAUAGUUUUGAGAUAAAUUUAGUGUGUAUUUAAGAAUCCUUGAAGUUGUUAUCAAUAAUACUAUUUAUAAGUAGGUUGACAUAUUGUAUAUGUACUACUUAGCAGAAAUUAUUUUCAGGUAAAUACUUAUUUUUGCAUUAAGUAAUCCUUUGAAAAACAAAACAAAAAAUGGAAGGCGACGAGGGGAAUAUGGACCCAUGUGAAUGCAUUGGUCAUGAAAUGGCUAUGAGAAGGCUAUUAAAUUUGUUAAGGCAAACCCAAUCUUAUUGCACAAACUCAGAAUGCUUCCAGGAUGUUGUCAGCCCUGGAAAUCCAAAUCAAGAUAACAGUUUCAUCUUGUUUGGAUUAUUCUUGGCUUUUGCAACAUUAAUGUAUUUUCUACGUCCAAGAAAUACAUUGGAACGCUCAAUUAAACCCAGCACGAAUAAUGAUCAUGAUGGUUCCCCCCCUCCUAACCCACCAUCACCACUUCUGUGAUGCUAGAAAAAUCGUUGCCCUACUCCCCAUACAAAAGUAUUGCUUGCCAAUUAUAGUUCU